CGAGAGAUAAGUGUUUGCAAGGUAUCUAUGGUAUGACAUGGCUUGAGUAGACCCAGGCUAAGGAGACAAUAAAGAACAAAUAGAAAGUAGUCGUCGAAUUGAUCGAGGUAUCCACGAAGCAGACACAUCAAGUGCAUUUGGGCAUCUAAAGCUUACAGCAUCAGACGACUCCUGGGAAGACAUACUUGUAGUAUCUGCAUCACUUGGACAACAUUGUUGGCAUUAUAGUUCAAAACUAUUAGCUCGAAGAAGAUUACCAAAGAUCGCUUAUUAUAUUCAACUCACUACCAAAGCUGGAAAUGACAGACCAGGAAAAGAAAUCCGUUAGACCUGUCUUUCAAAGGAAAGCUGGUCAGCUGGGGGUGUACAUUGACAUAUAUGAGACGACAGCUCUGUCUAAAGAUGCCGGGUCUGCCCACUUCUUCCUAAUGACCAUGCUGGAAAAACUAUACGAUGAAAUCAAAGACACAGAUCUCUCAAUUAUCAAAGGCGCUUUUGAACGACAGAACUUAUUAGAGGGAAUCAUUUUUGAAAAGAUGGAAAAGGGAAUUAUUUUGAUUGUCACAUGUGAGAAUAUUGACGCGUUAACGAACAUUUGGGCUUGUCACAAGAAGAAUGAAAUCGCCCCUAUUCUACAAUCUACUUUUAUUACUGAAUCUCUGAAGAAGAAACUAGAUGCCAAGACGCUUACAAUAAGAGCAAAGAUUUAUGAUGACGAAUACAAGUUCUGUUGUGAUGAGUUGCUGGCGAUGAAGACUUCGAACCUGACACUUGAUCUCAACAAUCUUGAGAACGACAGGAAAAUGUUGAGGAUGAUCAAAACUUUCCAAGAGAAGCUUGGAAAUGAAAUCUAUAAAAUAAAGGACGAGGAACAAAAAUUCCACCAAGACCUCGGAGAGUUCAUACUCAUCAUAAAACGCAAUAUGCCGGCCAAUAUGACUGACAUUAAAUCACUGAGUGGUUUCAAAAGCUACCUGAAGGAGAUAAAGGGAAAACCUAACACCAAGAUGGUGGUAUUUGAAGCGUACAUGUCCCUUCUGGAACGCCUUGGUGACAUUCUGUCUGAUAUAGAACGUUUUGUGUGUCAUCCUUUUGCCGAAAUCCAUUCAAAAUGUGAAACAGAAAAUCAAAGAAAAGUCAAAAAGGAAAUAAAGAGGUCGUGCUGUGAAAUGCAAAACAACCUUAAAAUGGACAAUAACCUGACAAAACUUCAACAUCUCGAGUGGAAAAAGAAGAUAGUCGCACGUGACCACAAACUAGUGCUCGGAUUGGUCAGUCUUGUUCCAUUGACAGUUGAUGGGAUUUCAGAGAUUGAUCAAAGUAUUGAUGAAUAUUUCUCUGGUAUAAAGCCUGGAGUAAAAUUAUAAUUAGAAUUUAUGUACGAUUAAUAAACAUCUAAUAACCUACUUUAUGAGUAACAUUUUCAUUUUCCCCCUUUCCAAUAAAACACGAGAAUGAAGAUGGAAAUGACACGGGUCUGUUUUUGUUACAGCGGGUCGAAUAUUACAAGAUAACUAUAUGAUACUAUAAUAAUAUAAAUUGAAUAUAAUUACUUGCUGAAAAUAAUAAUGGAUAAGUCUAAUGUCAUGAUGGUAUCGAUACAAUAAAUAAACUGAAAAUAUAAGUUUAUCUAAGAAAAUAAUGUGUUA